UGAACAGCAGCCACUGGCGAUCAUAACCCCACAACUCACCCGCCACGUCGCCAGUCGCCCGCGAAGAUCGACCUUUUCGUUCAUUUCUCAAGCCUUGGCGAUCCCCUUAGUUUCCUGGUACUGUAUCCGUAUGUCAACAAUGGAGCUCAUCUGGCGAGUAAUUAUAUAUAUUAACCUCACCACUCAAUAGACCGUCAGCCAUUGAGCCAUUCCCACUAUCACAGUCCAUUCACCUAGUGCCCGCAUAGUUGUGUCAGACACACACACAUAUCCACCUUCACAAUGCGGCUGCUCCACACUCUUACGCUACCGGCACUGAUCUCGGCCGCCUUCGCAGCAGUUGUUCCCCGAGACGCAGCAGCGCCACCGCAGUGGGAUGCAAUCGUUAUCGGAGGCGGCCCCGCCGGCCUGAGCGCCCUGAGCGGCCUCGCCCGAGUGCGCCGAAAUGUCCUCCUGAUCGACUCCGGGGUGUAUCGCAACGGCCCGACGAGGCACAUGCACGACGUCCUCGGCUUUGAUGGCGUCACCCCGGCAUAUUUUCGCUGGGCCGCUCGCCAGCAGCUCUCGCACUACUCGACGGUGAACAUGACCAACGGGACAGUCACCAAGAUCACACCCUCGUCCGACAGCAGUUACUUCACCAUCUCCACCACCUCCCCAUCCAACCAGACGGAGACCCACACGGCGCGCAAGGUCGUCCUCGCGACGGGCCUACGCGACCUCCUCCCCUCGACACCAGGCCUGAGCGAGAACUGGGGCAAAGGCAUCUACUGGUGCCCGUGGUGCGACGGGCACGAGCACGCCGACCAGCCCCUGGGACUGAUCGGCUCUCUCGAGACGGCCCCGGGCACGGUGCGCGAGGUGCUGACGCUGAACAAGGACAUCAUCGCCUUCGUCAACGGGACCGACACGCCCGAGGCGCGCGCCCGGACCGAGGACAAGUUCCCGCAGUGGCAGAAGUACCUGCAGAUCCAUAACGUGACGGUGGAGAACCGCACCAUCACGGCCAUCACGCGCCUGCGCAACGGGACGGCCAACGACACGGACGCGAGCCUGCCGUCGGUGGCCGAGUACGACCAGUUCCGCGUCGAGUUCUCCGAGGGCGCGCCCGUGGAGCGGGCGGCGUUCCUGACGAGCUUCGAUGCCGAGCAGGCGUCGCGGAUCGGGCCCGACGCCGGCGUGGCGUUGUAUGGUGGCCGGCUGGCGGCGGAUCCGGCUAAUGGGCUUGCGACUAACAUCGAUGGCAUAUAUGCCAUUGGCGAUGCCAACUCGGAUAACGUCACUAACGUGCCGCAUGCGCUGUUCAGCGGGAAGCGGACGGCGGUGUAUCUGCAUGUCAAGCUCGAGCGAGAAAAUUCGGUCAAGGAGUUGCAAGCGGCCAACAACACUGCGCUAGGGAAGAGGGACUUGGAACAUGAGGCACGAGCACUCUGGAAGAGGGUGAAUGGUGACCCUCGGGAUAUCCUCUACGCUGGAGACUUUGACCAAUAAUCAAUAAUUGAUGGGGUAAUUAAUGAAUUGGGUGAUUCACCGCAACUGUUGAUCAUGGAGUGGUUGGCCACUAUUUAUUCUUGGUCCGGGUUCAUAUAAUUAUCAGGCUGCCUUGGGUACCUGACUUUCUGCAAGGAAGGUUCGGAGAAUACUUCAUGAAUUCUAAUUAAUCUGCAAAUUCUGGCGAGACAGUCCGUCCCAUUGCUUGGGCUGGCAGCGAAUAAACUAGACGCACUCUA